AUGGUCACCGCUCAUCACCUUCCAGUCUCCAUCGCCAUUAACCCAAAGCCGUGGGCUUUAUCGCCGCGAGUCAUCUGUCCAAUCCCCAACGCUCAGUUGACCUUGCCGCUCUUCUCCAUCUACGGGAAUCGACGCCGAGCCUCUCUAAUAUCUGUGCGUGAGGAUGGAAGUAAUGAGAUCCGGUCGACAAGUAAUGAGAUCUGGUCUGACAUUUUGAAAAUUCAUAAGACUGUAAAUUCGACAUAUCCUUGGGUGCUUCUUCCUCCGGCGAGGGAACCUCUACCCAUGAUUGAUAUCCCACCAUCAAUGGUGCGGCAGCCACCGCCUCCUCGACGGCCAGGUAAAGAAGAAUCGAAUACAGAGGUUGAACCCUUCAAAUUCUUGGCUCCACCCGUUCACCAGCAGAUUUACUACCGGAGGAGGUGUAAAAGAAAGAGGGUAACAACAGACAUAGAAUCUUUACCUCAUGAGCUGUUGAUUGAAGUCCUUGCUCGAAUCCCCCCAGGCCGCCAACACGAUAUUUACGAGGCAAGGCUUGUUUGCCGCAAAUGGUACAAUAUCAUCCACACCCGUAAUUUCAUGUCCGCCUACUUACACCACUCCCCUUAUGGUCUCCUAUUCAAAUCCGUGUGUAUCCUCCCUCAAAGGGGAGGGGUCGGGGUCGGGGUCGAGAUGACCCAGUUGAGUUACAAACCUAGGUGUGAGGUCACUAGUAGUUGUAAUGGAUUGUGGUUAGAGACUAAUAUGAAAGAAAGGGGACGUAAACUUUUUGUCACAAAUCCCACGACGGGCCAAAUUGUUUGUCUCCCUCCAUGUGUUCGUAAAGUUUCAAAAGAAAGAUAUGCAAUGGGGUAUGCACCGGCUUCCAUGGAGUAUAAAGCGGUUAUAUACUAUCCUCCUAGAGGAACCCGUCUCUGUCCCCGCCCUACUUGUCAUAUAUUAACUGUUGGAGUUGAUAAAAAAUGGAGGAAUCUUGAUUUGGGACUCAUAUCAUCCGAGAAGGCAAUAACUGCAUUCUUCAAACCUCCGUUGAUUACUGAAGGUUUCAUUCAUUGGAACCAUCCCCAUACCCAUCAUGUCUUGACACUUAAUGUGGAGACCGAAACUUUUACAGAGACUCCCGCUCCUCUCCCGCCGUUACAAGACUUUCCUGCUCGUGGGCGUCAAACCAAUAUUUACUUAUCGACCGGAAAAUAUCUGACGUUAUUGAGUCAUUACGGCAGGGAGUGCUCGUGGGAGGUUUGGGAGAUGAGUCGACCAGAAACAGGGGAAUGGAGAAAGAAGGCCCAUUUUUGCUUGGAGGUUCACAAGGAAAGAUUUGAGAUAUCAGGUGUCGUACCCAAAGAUUUUUUUCUCCCCGUAGGGUGGGUCAAGUACCCAGAGUUGUUGGCCAUGAGAGUUAGCGGUAACACGAAUGCGGUUUUUGUGUACAAUCUUGUUACGCAAGAAAUCGAUGAAAUCGGGUUACCUUCCUAUGUUUUCCGAUACAGUUUUGUGGUACAUAAGAGUAGUUUGGAGUGGAUAGAUGCAGUCAAGCCUACUCGACGACUGGUAUCUCAAUGA